UGCGGGAAAAGCCACCUCCGCUUGCCACUUUUUGGCGAUCGCGCAGUGCACGAUUUUUAGCGGCAUCCGCACAUUAUCAGCCAAUCAGACGUUGGCGGAUGUCGCGUCACACUGUUUUCGUUCCGGUCUCCCAUGCGGUCUGGAGCACGUUGAUGAGCACGUCCUCCAUGUUGACGACGCUGUCAGCAUGGCGCAGCCAAGUGGACGCUUUCCAACGGGAGAUUUUAUUGCAGAAAUCAGAUCAUACCCAUGCUUGUACGAUGAAUCACUGCCAACGUACAAGGAUACGGUGCUAAAGAGAAGUAUUUGGUGCGAAAUCGGACUAAAAUUUGGCAUUACUGGAAAGGAGUGUGAAAGUAAAUGGAAGAACUUACAAGAUCGUUGUGUUAAGCAUCAAAGAAGCAGUGCUGGAGCACCAAACUGGGAGUAUUACGAUUUAUUGAAAGGCAUAAUUGGAGUUUCAGGGAGUAUCUCUCAAAGCAUCAUAACAAACAUCCCGGAACGUAGCAGUACCUCUACCACAUCAAGCUGUUCCAGCCCCAGCACUAGCACAGCAGUGGGAGUUCUCAAUUUGAUGUAUGAAGAUGAACAGUAUGAGGAGGUGUUCGUGCAGCCUGAUGCCGUUCUGCUAUCGUCGCAGGAGGCAAGCAUCGCCGAGGUGCCUUCGGCUGCACGAAAAAGGCCACAGGAAAGCUGUAGUGCAGCAGGCAGGAACAAGAAAUCAAAACCAAGCAACCCAAUUGACGAAUCUAUACAGAGGUCCUUAGAUGCCUGUUCUUCUAAACUGCAGAGCAUAGAAGCCGACAAAGAUGAAAGCUAUUACUUCUGUCAGUUUAUAGCUAUGCGCCUGCGCGAACUAGACAAAUCCCAAAGAAGAGAGGCAUUCCACAAGAUAGAGAAAACCAUGUAUGAAUUGGAGCUCAGGAGUGGCAAUUUUUGAGACAUACUUAUUACGUAUUUCUGUCCUCUUUAUGUGUCUCAGUGUUCUGCAAAAAGUAGAUCUGUUACAAUAUCCAAGUGGCUAAAAUGGAUAAAAGUGGUAUCUGGCUUUGUCAAUAAAAAUUACCUGGA